GCGGCGGGCAUAAUGGCGGCGGCCCUGUGUGGACGGCCGGUGGUGGGGGCGCUAAAGGUGAGGGCUGCCCCGGGGAGCGGCCUGGGCCCGGGGGGGCCCCGGCGCAGCGCCUACCGGUGGGGCGUGCGUUCCACGCGCAAGCCCGAGCCGCCGCCGCUAGACCGCGUGUACGAAAUCCCGGGUGUGGAACCCGUGACGUGGGCCGGCCUCCUACACCGGCAGCCCGGCCUAGCCAGGCCCGUGUUCCCACCGUGGGAGCGCGGCUGGAAGGACCCGAGGCGGCCCCGGCCGAUCCCGCGUGACAGCCACCCCUUACGGCACGACGAGCCCUGCCACGUGGUGCACCAACGCUGCCGCCUGCUCGAGGGUGUAAAGCAAGCCCUCUGGCUCACCAAGUCCAAGUUAAUAGAAGGCCUCCCGGAGAGGGUCCUCAGCCUGGCCGACACGCCAGCGAAUCACAUCGAGAACCAGGAUGAACAGGUUCAGAAUGCCAUCUGUCACGCACGCCUGUGGCAUUCCGUUGAGGACAUCCCCAAGAGAGAGACAUACUGCCCUGUCCUUGUGGACAAUCUAAUACGUCUCUGUAAUGCGAAGAUUCCCCAGUACCCUGCUCUGACCAGGAGGAUCCAAGCCAAGGACUACAUGCUGUCAACCUCGUGGCAUCGAGACUCCAUUUUCCUUCAGAUCCGUGGUCUUAAUGGGACUCGUUGGAGUGCCAAGGAUCCUUUGCUGCCCAUCGCUUCCCAGGAAGAGGUCCAGGCGACAGAGAAUCAUGUUCUAGAGACCUUCUACCCCAUAGCUCCAACCAUUAAUCUUCAGGAAUGCGACAUUUAUGACGUGAGAGAAGACACAGGUUUCCAUGAAGGCUACCCCUACCCCCAUCCACACACUGUGCUCUUCCUGGAGUCGGCGAACAGUUGCCGGGCCCGAUUUCGACCUGAACAGCUUCGAGCCAAGAUGAUCAUGUUUGCCUUUGGCAAUGCUCUGGCUCAGGCCCGGAAGCUGUAUGGGGAGGCUCAGGUACUGGAGCAGCCGGUCGUGGUGCAGAGCAUUGGUACCGAUGGCCGCAUCUUCCAGUUCAUGGUGUUCCAGCUGAACACCACAGACCUGGCUUCCAACGAUGGCAUCAAGAACCUCGUCUGGAUGGAUUCUGACCAGCUUCUCUAUCAGCAUUUCCGAUGUCUUCCUGUCAUUAAGAAGAAAGUCGUCGUGGAACCUGUCGGGAUUGUUGAUUAUCAGCCUGGGACUUUCAGGAAGUUUUUAGCAAUGUACUUACAUGGUGUGGCCUGAGUUCCAGCUCUUGGACUGUCCGAAGACCUUGCUGGGAACAGAGAGGCUGCCCGCCUGGGCUCCCAGCACAGCCCUCGCCCACAUCUGUGCCCAAUCUACCCGAUGGCAAUAAAGAGCUAUUUAUCUUCUCGA